AUGAAGCCGUUGGAGAAAUUUUUGAAGAAGCAGACGUCGCAGCUGGCGGGGCGAACGGUGGCGGGAGGUCCCGGCGGGGGUCCGGGAAGCUGCGGCGGGCCUGGCGGGGGCGGGGGACCUGGCGGGGGCGGCGGUCCAACCGGAGGACUGCGGCCACUGCAGCGGCGUCAGAGCGUGUCUCGCCUGCUGCUCCCCGCUUUCCUCCGGGAGCCUCCCGCCGAGCCGGGGCUGGAGCCACCCCCUGAAGAGGAAGGGGUAGAGCCGGCGGGGGUCGCGGAGGAGCUCGGCAGCGGGGGGCCGUGUUGGCUACAGCUCGAGGAGGUGCCGGGGCCCGGGCCGCUCGGGGGAGGGGGACCCCUGCGCUCCCCUUCCUCGUACUCCUCUGACGAGCUGUCCCCGGGCGAGCCCCUGACCUCCCCGCCCUGGGCCCCCCUGGGCGCCCCCGAGCGGCCGGAGCAUCUUCUGAACCGGGUGCUGGAGCGGCUCGCCGGAGGGGCCACCAGGGACAGCGCCGCCUCAGAUAUCCUGCUGGAUGACAUCGUCCUCACCCAUUCUCUCUUCCUCCCCACGGAGAAAUUUCUGCAGGAGCUACACCAGUAAUAUCCUUUUAUGGAGCGAGGCAUGGAGGGCCCUGAGGGGCUGGGCCGGAAGCAGGCCUGUCUAGCCAUGCUCCUUCAUUUCCUGGACACCUACCAGGGGCUGCUGCAGGAGGAAGAGGGGGCCGGCCGCAUCAUCAAGGAUCUGUACCUGCUGAUCAUGAAGGAUGAGUCCCUUUACCAGGACCUCCGAGAGGACACAUUGAGGCUGCACCAGCUUGUGGAAACAGUGGAGCUAAAGAUCCCAGAGGAAAGCCAGCCACCCAGCAAGCAAGUGAAGCCACUCUUCCGUCACUUCCGCCGCAUCGACUCCUGUCUGCAGACCCGAGUGGCCUUCCGGGGCUCUGAUGAGAUCUUCUGCCGGGUCUACAUGCCUGACCACUCUUACGUGACCAUCCGCAGCCGCCUCUCGGCGUCUGUGCAGGACAUCCUGGGCUCUGUGACAGAGAAGUUGCAGUACUCGGAGGAGCCUGCGGGGCGUGGGGACUCCCUCAUCUUGGUAGCUGUGGCUUCCUCCGGAGAGAAGGUCCUUCUCCAGCCCACUGAAGACUGUGUCUUCACCACGCUGGGCAUCAACAGCCACCUGUUUGCCUGUACGCGGGACAGCUUUGAGGCCCUGAUGCCCCUCCCUGAGGAGAUCCAGGUCUCCCCUGGAGACACAGAGAUCCACCGAGUGGAGCCCGAGGACGUUGCCAACCACCUUACUGCCUUCCACUGGGAGCUCUUCCGAUGUGUGCACGAGCUGGAAUUCGUGGACUACGUGUUCCACGGGGAGCGCGGCCGCCGGGAGACGGCCAACCUGGAGCUGCUGCUGCAGCGGUGCAGCGAGGUCACGCACUGGGUGGCCACCGAGGUGCUGCUCUGCGAGGCCCCGGGCAAGCGCGCGCAGCUGCUCAAGAAGUUCCUCAAGAUCGCGGCCAUCUGCAAGCAGAACCAAGACCUGCUGUCCUUCUACGCCGUGGUCAUGGGGCUGGACAACGCCGCCGUCAGCCGCCUGCGCCUCACCUGGGAGAAGCUGCCAGGGAAAUUCAAGAACUUGUUCCGCAAAUUUGAGAACCUGACAGACCCCUGCAGGAACCACAAAAGCUACCGAGAAGUGAUCUCCAAGAUGAAACCUCCUGUGAUUCCCUUCGUGCCUCUGAUCCUCAAAGACUUGACUUUCCUGCACGAGGGGAGUAAGACCCUUGUCGAUGGUUUGGUGAACAUUGAGAAGCUGCAUUCAGUGGCUGAAAAAGUGAGGACAAUCCGCAAAUACCGGAGCCGGCCCCUUUGCCUGGAUAUGGAGGCAUCCCCCCAUCACCUGCAGACCAAGGCCUAUGUGCGCCAGUUCCAGGUCAUCGACAACCAGAACCUCCUCUUUGAGCUCUCCUACAAGCUAGAGGCUAAUAGUCAGUGAGAACAGAGGUUCUGGUCAGUGCCCCACCAAGGUCCUCGGGCACCUGGCACUCAAGCACUUUGCACGAUGUCCCAACUCACCCCUGACAUCUUUCCGCUGGAGCAACUUCCUGCCCCUCAGGAAAGAGUCAGAUGGACUUACCCCUGGACUCAUAAGCCUGUUCAUCCUGCUGAAGUCCUGUCCCCCUUGCUCCUUCCAGCCAAAACCAUACUCUGCUGGUUCCUGCCCUUGCAGGGAAGGGGGGCAGAAUGCUCCUUCCUCUGUCCCCUCCUAUCAAGGUCCAGUCCAGAGAUGGAGUUUCCAACCUCCUCCCAAGCAGGCAGGAAAGCUGCCCACCCUCCUGUCUCACAGAGCGGAAUCGUGGGAGGGAUUGGUGGCCUUCCUUUUCCCUCCUGUCCAGCCUCUCCCUGGUCAGGGCUGGGACCCCUGAAUGUACUGCCCUGGAAUAUUAUAUUGCCCCUGUGUCUGUGUGCGUGUGUGUGCACCUGUCCCCUUUAAGAAGCAGGAGUGCAUCCGGUAAUUGAGGGAAGGUGUUGCGUGUAGAGGGGUCCUUCUGUUUGGUGCUACCCUGGUCUACUCUGCCCUGCGGUGGUGCGGGGUGCUUUCACCACCCCC